AGGGGUGUGGCCUGGCUCUGCCGCUGUGUGGCGUCUCCAGGGCAGGAGCGGCGGGGCCGGAGGUGCGUGUGCUGCGGCCCGGCCCGGCCCGGCCCGGCUCAGCGCGGCAGGAUGAGCCUGGCCCUGAGGAAUGAGCUUUCAGUAGAUAAAACUAAAAAGAAGAAAAGAAGAGAACUGACUGAGGAACAGAAGCAAGAAAUUAAAGAUGCCUUUGAGUUGUUUGAUACAGACAAAGAUAGAGCAAUAAAUUAUCAUGAAUUGAAGGUGGCAAUGAGAGCCUUGGGUUUUGAUGUAAAAAAAGCUGAUGUCCUGAAAAUACUUAAAGACUAUGAUCGAGAAUCAACAGGCAAGAUCACCUUUGAAGAUUUUAAUGAAGUUGUGACAGAUUGGAUAUUGGACAGAGACCCACAAGAAGAAAUACUCAAGGCAUUCAAAUUGUUUGACGAUGAUGACUCUGGCAAAAUAAGUCUGAGAAACCUGCGCCGGGUUGCUAGAGAAUUGGGUGAAAACAUGUCUGAUGAAGAACUACGGGCUAUGAUUGAAGAAUUUGAUAAGGAUGGAGAUGGAGAAAUCAAUCAAGAAGAAUUUAUUGCUAUUAUGACUGGAGAUAUUUAGCAUUAGAAGAAAAGGAACGAGCUCAGCAGAAAAGGGGCUCAAGAGAGUUGUUGGCAGCUUCCAUUACAAUGUUUUGUACUUGCAUUCAUUUCUGUAGCUGGAGUGAUGCAGAAACUUACUUUUAUUACAGGACCACAAUACAGACGGGUUACAUGCACUGAUAGUUCAGUACUUUGUAUCAUUAAAUAUUAUCAUUAGAAUAAUUGAUAUUUUAAAAUAAGUAACUAAUGCUGCAUUUCAGAAUGUUUGAGUAAUUGUUUGUAAAAUAGCCUUGUCUCAGAUUUCUAAAUUGUAAGAAUCUUCAUAUUAUAAGAACCUUCUCAGGUUCUUGACUUCGUGUUAGCAUUAGCUGUGGCCUUAGUUUUGAUAAAUAAGGUUUGAAAAAUUUCCAUUUUAAUAAAAUGUUCUUUACUAUUA